UUAAAAAAAGCUCUGAUUUGAAACAUCGAACAAAACUAGAUUAGCGCCGCCAAGCAGAUUUAUCAGCAGUUUGGGGAUGGAAACAACUUCUUUGAGUAUCCCAGAGCACGUUUUUGGCUCCAAUGGCGAGAAAAUGCCACUUCUGGGUUUCGGAACCGCGGUCUCCCCACCAGUAGGAGCUGAAGCUACAAAAAUGGCGAUUCUCCAAGCAAUCAAACUCGGUUAUAGACAUUUUGAUACGGCGGUCAGGUAUGGAUCGGAGCAGCCGUUGGGCGAUGCGAUUCAAGAAGCACUUUCGAUUGGGUUAAUCAAAUCUCGAGACGAGCUCUUCAUCACUACUAAGCUAUGGUGCGGCGAUGCUCAUGGCGAACUCGUCGUCCCCGCCCUCAAGAGAAGCUUACAAAAUCUCAAGUUGGACUACCUGGAUCUGUUUCUGAUUCACUGGCCUGUCAGCGCGAAGCCUGGGACUUGUGGAUUCCCAAUAAAGGAAGAAAAUUUCCUUCCCUUGGAUUUCAAAUCUGUAUGGGCAGCCAUGGAAGAUUGUCAGCAGCUUGGCCUCACAAAAUAUAUUGGUGUCAGCAAUUUUUCCUGCAAAAAGUUAACUGAUCUCCUCGCCAUUGCAAAAAUCCCUCCGGCUGUUAACCAGGUGGAAAUGAGCCCAUUGUGGCAACAAAAGAAGCUGAGGGAAUUUUGCAAAGGCAAAGGGAUCUUUUUGACAGGUUAUUCCCCAUUGGGUGCCAUUGGAACCUUUUAUGGAAGCAAUAGAGUGAUGGAGUGUAAGGUACUUAAAGAAAUCGCAAAGGCAAAAGGGAAAACUGUUGCUCAGAUAUCUCUGAGAUGGAUAUAUGAACAAGGGGUUGGGGUGAUUGUGAAGAGUUUCAAUGGUGAGAGAAUGAAACAAAACCUUGAGAUAUUUGAUUGGUGUUUGAAUGAGGAGGAGUUGAAGAUGAUCGAUGGGAUCACUCCUCAAAGCAGAGGGGUAAAUGGAGCGCCUUUCACUUCCAGAUUUGGACCUUUUACAACUGUUGAGGAUAUUUGGGACGGUGAAAUGUGAUCUUCUUCUUCACCAACAAUUCUCAUUCUCAGCUUCAUUAUUCCUAAAUAAAUGCUCGACUCCUGACAAGGUCGACGCCCUUUCUUUGUUUUAAUUAUGGGUAAACUACGCCCUCCAUUAUUAGCUUUGAAAUAUGGGUAAAUUACACCCUUUCAUCACUUGAGGAUAU